AUGCCUAUUGGCGAGCCGCGCGAGGGCCCGAAAGCUCAAAGAGAAAAUGGUGCACUUUCAGGCUCUAUUGCCAACGUAAUAAAGACCUGUGCGGGGCCGGACUUACCAGAGAGUUGCGGCGCUUUGUUGAAGCAGCACGACCGUUGCAAGGUUUGGCCAGAUAUUGGGACAUCGGACAUCAUGUUCUUGUUUUGGUGGGUCACAAUCGCCCUUGCCAUUAAUUUACCACUAUCACAGGCCACGGUGUGUGGGUAUAGCUGCUACCAACGUUACACCACAAGCUGCGGUGCUUUUGGCUGGAGCAGAUGUACCAGAUACCGGGAUUUAACCUGCUACCGGUGUUGCACAGGAUGGACCGGAGGUACAUCGACUGGUUGCACAAUUCCCAUUUGUUUUGGCAACGUUAAUUGGUGUCCCAACGGAGGGGCUUGCACAAGGCCUAGCUACUGCAGCAACUGUAACCGGGGCUUCUACUCUCCACGAUGCAAUCGGUGUACAGCCAUCGCAAACUGCCUUGAGGUAUUUUGUAGCACUUCCUCGGACCAGAGAUGUGAUCGAUGCGAUGGUGAUUAUGGGUCAGCGCUGGGAUCAGCCUACAAGAAGAGUGAUAACAUGAGGCAAUGCAUUAAGCAAUGUUCAUGGAGGAUUGACAGCAAUGCCUGCUACCCGGGAUCAUGCACAAAUGCCCAGUGCACAUGCAGCAGUGGAUUCUCAGGCACUGACUGCAGAACAAUGGGUAUGAGUCAAGCACCAGUCAUAUCCGAGCACCAUGCCACCCUGAUCAAUGGGACAACAACUCUAGAAUCCCCUACCGUCCAGGGCAGUACAGACACUGUCUACACCAACGUACAAGACUUUGUGAGCUUGAGGAUCAACUUGACAAGUUCUUACAAUCAUACUGGUCUACCAGACCUUAGUGGCGGUGGACAUCCAUACAUCCAAAGCAUUGGGCUUGGUGUGGUGGAGGCACGAGCCACAGCCGUUGUGAAUCGGGAUCAGAAUGUUACAUAUUCAGUUGGCUCGACGAAUUGUACAACAUCGACAUCUGGAAAUUCGUCCGAUCAAAACAAUCCUGCUACAGACCUGGUAUCCUGUGAAAUCACCUUCACUUUAGACUACAACGCGUGGACACCAACAACAGGAGAUGUACUGAGAUGUGAUGUACAUUCAACAAGUGGCGGCUACAUGGAACUCUAUGACAGGGACCAUUCAAGCAGUAUCAUUACACGCUACUACAAUGGCAGUACAUCCUCCAAUUUCUCAACGUUCACCUUUGACUUUGUUGACCCUUACCACUGUGUGGAUGUUGGCAGAGGAUGCCGGAGGACCAUGCUGGAUACACAGAAUGAUGUUACCACACAGGAAACAAUUAAUGUAUCUUGGCAAGGCUGGACAGACGAUCUCGCUGGCAUAAAAGAAUACGACCUUGAAGUGCGACAGCUGUCAGGUAGCCAAGGCAACGAGCUGGAAGAAAGUUUUGACGACCCCGCCGUUUAUUCCGGAGCAGCAGGAUCCGGUCAAAAUGUCACUUUGCCUAAUCCUGGCGUUUAUUCUGUCAUCCUCAGUGCUGUCGACAAUGCCGGCAAUGUCAAACAGAGCAGACGCUUCGUGUUCUUUGACGACGAUUCAGACGACGUCACUAUUCAGACUAAUUUCCGCCUGUGCGUGGUCUCAGCGACUGAAGAAACCGACUUCGUUUGGUUGACCAAUCUAGACCCCAGCGAAGGAGCGACAUCCGUGCAGCUUGAUUGGACAGAGCAUUUCAUCAAUGAACGUCAUCUCAACCAGGGAUGGUUGAAGCCCAUUGGGUCCUAUGUUGGUGGUACCAUUGAUGCUGAUUAUGAUCAGCACUUUGGGAAGCGUGGCCGUGCAGCCGUCCCUAACGCCCUCGGUGUGACCGAAUUCCGCGUCUUAUACGACAUCGACCACAGUGGUGAAAGGAACGCCGUCAAUAUGAGUGAUGACAACUCUGGCAACUGGAGUAGUGAAGGCACAAACACACAGGCGAGCUAUAACCUGACCCUAAUGGACGGCGAUUCCAUUCGGUUCUGGGUGGAGGCCAGGGACCUAGCCGAUCACUUUGUGAGGGACAGCGUGUUGGUUCACGCUGAUUCAUCUCCGCCAGUCAUUGAAGAUUUGUUGUUAGUGCCAAAGUUGGCGGGCAUAAGUGUGAAAUUUAGGACUUACGACAUUCACAGCGGAGUAAGGACCAUCGAGUGGCUUCUCUUUGACAACCACACUGGCACAGAGAUGGAACAUGGCAGCCAGACAGUACCAGCCAAGAAAGUCAAUACGGACGUUGAGAAGUGUAAUUCUGACAGGUGCUUGUGUAUCCCUAUCGGCGACUGUUAUGAUGCUGACUACGGGAUCCGCAUAGAUGCAUCCUACAUUGAUGGCAACUUCGACUACUUCCUCACGUUGACUGUCACGAAUCAUGCAAGACUUGCAACAUCCAAGACAAUUAAAAUAAAUAGCAUGGUGACUCAAGACAAUGUGGAGCAAACAGCUGAAUUUCUUGCCACAUUGACCAAUGACACGUCUUCAGUCGAUGACAGUUCGGUAGCCUCUGCCGCUGACAUUCUGGAUAACAUUGUGAACAUUCAAGACACGUCGCCAGAGGUGACAGCGAGUGUUGUCAAGGUGGUCAACAACCUCCUUCAAGUUGAUGCCAAGAAAUUGAACGACACGUCAAGGGUGGCCAACUCCUCCUCGCGCAUUGUCCAAGCCUUGGAGAAGCAGAUCUCCAACGUCCUUGCGGCAGGAAAGAACGUCAGCGAGAUCACGACCAGCGUCGCUGUCGUGGCAAUGAAUUUUGACCCCGAGUUACUCAGCAACGGGGUCGGGUUUGGGGCUAUUUCUGGGGAAAACGACAGCGAUUCCCUGGCCGAUGACGACAUUGGUGUUUACCAAGGUUCCGAUGAUGAGAUCCCCUUGGAGGAGGUGGAAGCAUCCAUAGAACUCCCUGCAGAGAUACUGAAGAAUCAUCCUCCAGGUAGCGCUGUGCCCAUUAGUUUUGUCAUGUAUGACAGCAGCAACCUCUUCCACUCCAAACUGAUAGACAACAGUCAGUCCACGGACUCUCCCCGAACCAUCGGCAGUCGUAUCGUAUCUGCCAGUGUGCUGAAUACUGUCAUCAAUGGCCUCCCACCAGAAAGUCCCGUGUUAAACGCCUUCAACCUGCGAAUGACAGGUCCCAAUGAAGACCCAAAUCGAUUGGAGCAAUGUGUCUUCUGGGACUUCAAUCUUCGUGACGGCAUCGGUGAUUGGUCGACUGAAGGUUGCAGGAAGGGAUCUACCGUCAACGGGCGAACUGUAUGCCUAUGUGAUCACGCCACCAACUUCGCUGUCCUUAUGAACAUUCACGGUCAGAAGUAUGCCAGUUUUGCCUUGGAUGUCAUCAGCAAGCUUGGAUGUAGUAUCUCUAUCGUGGCACUCGUUAUCACCAUCCUCAUCUAUUCGGCCAUAAGGUCGUUGAGAUCGAAGACAGCCAGCCGUAUACUCAUCCGUUUCUGCUGCUCCUUGCUGCUCCUGUACCUCGUCUUCUUGGCCGGUGUCGAGAAGACCUUCUCCUCCUCCCGCGCUGGAUGCAUUGCUGCAGCUGUCUUGAUGCACUACUUUGCCCUGACCUCCGUGGCAUGGAUGGGCGUAGAGGCUGCUAGCCUGUACCUGAAGUUGGUCAAGAAAUUCAAUGCCGACGUGCAGCACUUCAUGAUCAAAGCGUCCCUUGUAGCCUGGGGAUUUCCUGCACUUGUCAUCACUGUGAUUUUGGCAGUGGAUUAUGAGCAGUACGAUAAUGAACACAGUUGCUUCUUAAAGCCUGGGGCUGCUUUCUACUACGGCCAGCUGCUCAUCAUUGGUAUCAUCCUCUUGUUCAAUGUUGUCGUCUUCGUGCUCGUCCUCCGUAAGCUGACUUGCAGUGCGAGCAAAGUCAAGGACGCCUCCGGGGGUAACAGCAAGCGAGCUAAGGUCGUGAAGCGCCUGCAGAACAUGGCCUCAGUCUCUGUCCUACUGGGCCUGACCUGGGUCUUCGGUCUGCUGUCCAUCUUCAAGGCUUCCAGUUCCGCCUUCCAGUGGAUCUUUGCUGUGGUGAACUUCCUUCAAGGCCUGCUCAUCUUUCUGCUGUUUGUCGUUCGCCAGGAGAAGGUCCGAGAACAUGUGAGUAACCUGGUGAGAGGAAAGAAGGAGGGACACCUGAGCAGCACCCUCCGUACUGGUAUGUAUACGAUUAGCACCAAAGGAGAGGGCAGUUCCGUGCAAGAUCCAUCGACUAAGAGUGUGAGUAAUAACAUGAACAAGUCUAAGAGCGCUAAAAAUGUGACUAACGCAGUAACAACUUCUAAUGGUAUGAGUGAUUACACGAUCAAGUCUGGCAGCGCUUUUGAAAAUGUGAUUUACGAAGCAACAACUUCUAAUGGUAUGAGUGAUGACACGAUCAAGUCUGACAGCGCUUAUGAAUAUGGGAUUUACGAAACAACUCUUUCUCAGAGUGUCAGUGAUAACAUGAACAAGUCUGACAGCGGGAAUGAAUAUGAGCUUUGCGAAAUAGCAACUUCUAAUAAGUGUGCGAGUGAUGACAUGAACAAGUCUGGCAGCGCUAAUGAAUAUGAGGUUUGCGAAACAGCAACUUCUAAUGAGAGUGUGAGUGAUAAUGUGGACAAGUGUGAAAGCGCUAAUGAUUAUGAGGUUUGCGACACAACAACUUUUAAGGGUGCGAGUGAUGACAUGAACAAGUCCGGCAGCGCUUAUGACAAUCCGAUUUACGAAACAAUCUAGGCCUAUAUACUUAAUUUCCCCACCAUGAUGUGAUUCUUGACAUUUUGAUUUUUGGACAUUUUGGGUUUGUGGUCGAAAAAAAAUGUCAGGUGGGCCAUGAGCUUACACGCACAGAUCUUCCCGACAACUUCGCCUACAACUUUAUACUUUUGCUGACAUUCUAUUAAUUUUAGUGUGAAGAGUGUUUGAAAUUAAUGGUUAUCACUUCACAAAGUUGUAUAAUCUUUGAAGUACAUUUAGUUGACUGAAGUUUAUAAUGAAUGAUUUGUCUAACCAAGAAGAAAAAGUAAGUUUCUGAACAAUAGCGAAGCGAGGUUUCAUUUACUGUUCGGAAAGGUUGUGGUUGGUACACAUUUUGUAGUGCAUUUAUAACCGAAGAACUUGAAUAUAGCUUUGAAAAAGAAUUUUUGGAUAGCAUUUGUUCUAAUGUUCAUUGAACGGUGUGUUUUUCUCACUGGAAGGCAUUUAAUUGCUUUUUGGGGAAGAGUAUAACCAGGAAAAUGUAUACGGCUUGAUAUUUAGUAGCUAUAAAAAGUGAUGCUAGUUCAUUUAUAUAUCAUUCCAUAUUUACUUUAAGGCCGUAUACUCAGUAUUUAAUCAAAUAUUUUUACUGGAUUUGUGGUGUAUAACGAAAAGUCACAUACAGUCACACAAUUAUAUCCUUUGAACACAGUUUUAAACAUAAUUGCUGAAGAGAGAUAUACAUAAUACACAGAUGAUUGAGUUCUGAUUCUAAGUGUAUGUUUUGUUUUUAAGGGGAGAAAAUUACACUUAAGAUGUUCCCACGAGGAGUUUAAAAUUUCAGUGCUGUCUAAAGUACAUGAUUUAAUAAUUGUUUGAAAAUAUCUCUUCUUGAAUGUAAGUCAUUCAUCGGAUAUCUUGACAAUUUCUUUAUGAAACGUUUGCUUAUGUGCUUUCAAUGGAAUGCCUGAAGUUUUAUCAGACAUUUUGAACUGUUACAAUGUGAAAGACUCGUCUUGAGAAUAAUUCCAUAUACAUGUAGGAAGGAAAGUCACAAUGAUUGUUAGGUUUUAAGGCUUUUUAAACUGAGCCAGCUUUUGCCUAAGCUGUUUUAUGACGGUGAACCACAAUGUAAAAUGGCAUAAACCAGUGGGGGAUCCAAGAUUUUUUAAACAGGGAAGGGUAAUGUAUCGAAGUCCAAGAUUUUUCAAGGGGGCGUGUUGGAUGAGACGUUGGGUUGGAGUCAAAGUACGAACCAGUGGCGUAAAUCCAUGUCGGCGAGUGGGGGGAUGGG